CGCCGUCCCGCGCCUCACAAUGCUCUCGGCCUUGAAGAAGCUGGUGGGCUCCGACCAGGCCCCGGGGCGGGACAGGCCCAUCCCGGCGGGGCUCCAGUCCAUGAACCAGGCGCUGCAGCGGCGCUUCGCGAAGGGCGUCCAGUAUAACAUGAAAAUUGUCAUCCGAGGUGACAGAAACACAGGAAAGACCACUCUGUGGCAUCGGCUGCAGGGAAAAAAGUUUGUUGAAGAAUAUAUUCCAACUCAGGAGAUCCAAGUCACCAGCAUCCACUGGAAUUAUAAGACUACUGAUGAUAUUGUGAAGGUCGAAGUCUGGGAUGUGGUUGAUAAAGGCAAGUGCAAAAAACGGGGAGAUGGAUUGAAACUAGACAACGAUCCUCAGGAGGCGGAAUCCGAGAUGGCUUUGGAUGCGGAAUUCCUGGAUGUGUAUAAGAACUGCAACGGUGUCGUGAUGAUGUUUGAUAUCACCAAGCAGUGGACCUUUAACUACAUCCUGAGAGAACUUCCUAAAGUCCCAACCCACGUACCUGUGUGCGUGCUUGGGAACUAUCGGGACAUGGGCGAGCACCGGGUGAUCCUGCCUGAUGAUGUGCGGGAAUUCAUUGACAACCUGAACAGGCCCCCCGGCUCCUCCUACUUUCGCUAUGCCGAGUCUUCCAUGAAGAACAGCUUUGGCCUCAAAUACCUGCACAAGUUCUUCAACAUCCCCUUCCUACAGCUGCAGCGAGAGACUCUGCUGCGGCAGCUGGAGACCAAUCAGCUCGAUAUUGACGCCACCCUGGAGGAGCUUUCUGUGCAGCAGGAGACGGAAGACCAGAACUACGAGCUGUUCCUCGAAAUGGUGGAAGCUCGAGGCCGUGGGCACGCCUCUCCUUUGGCCACCAACGGGCAGAGCCUUUCCUCGGGUUCCCAGUCACCGGUGGUCCCACCUGGCAAUGCUUCAGGGGGCUCCAGCCCUGGCACCCCCCAGCAGAGCUUGGCCAGCCCUGCCACUGUCACGGACCCUGUUGAGCCUCCCGCACCAGGGCUGCCUCCUGAAGCCCAGCCUCCCGCAGCCAUGCCGGCACCAGCUCCGCCGCAGAAACGCGGCAUCAUCGCUCGGCUCUUUGGGACGUCCCCGGCUCCCGAGACCGGCCCUCCCCCUCCGGACCCUGCCGUUCCUGCCCUCCCUGCAGCUGCUCCCUCAAAAGUCCAGAGCGUAGAGGACUUUGUCCCCGAGGAGAGCCUGGACCACAGCUUCCUGGAAGACCCCAUCCUGCAGAGAGACAAAGGGGGGAUACAGGCAGCAAAGGCUCCCACCGAUAGUGACAGUGACAGAGAUGCUCCUGGUGGGAACCCCUUGGUUGCUGGCUUCCAGGAUGAUCUGGACCUUGAUGAGCAUCUGUCCAGCAAGCCCCCGUUAGUGGCAGAGCUGGCCCCAAGCAAAAACGUGACCUUGUCAAGUGAAGAAGAAGAAUGCUCCAAGUUCUCCAUCAAGGUGGCUGAAGAUACUGGCUUGGAACAGGAAAAAAAACGAGCUUCCAAAAAGUCCUCAAAACUCCCAGAGCCCUUAGCAUCUACCAAGGCCGCAGAGCUGAAGUCUCCCCCCAGCCAGCCUCCAUUUGAGCAAAUGAACAGCAGCAAGCGUUUGACGGUGGCAGGCGGCCCUGAGGCCUGUCCCCCCCCAGCUACCUCUUCCUCCAAGCAACAGGAUUCCGAGAGUGACUCCGAGGGGCCCAUCGCCACGCAGAUGCUCUCCUUUGUGAUGGACGAUCCUGACUUUGAAAGCGAGGAGUCAGAGAGCCAGAGGAAGCGAGCUGAGGAAUUCCCAGUGCGAGAGGAUCUCUCGGACAUCUCGGAUGAGGACGCCCCUUCCAGAUCUCCCCCGCUGGCCAAGCCUGUGGUCCGCUCCUUCAGAGUGAAGAACGAGGCAGAUCUCUUUGGGCUGGGCCUGGAAGAGCCAGCUCCCAGGGACAGCAGCGAGGAAGCUGCAGAUAAGGAAAAGGAGAAGUCUUUGAAGGAGAAAAAGAAAAAAAAGAAGAGAACUAGCAAAGAGGAAGAAACGGAGAAAACUGCAGGGAGGAAAAAGAGCAAGCCGAAAAAGAGCAAGGAGAAGGAGGAAGACAGAGGGGAAAAGGAGAAGAGGAAGCCCCCGAAGCAGCAGCAGCAGCGGGGCAGAGCGAAGCCCAGCGGGAUCGAUGAGCUGGAGGCCUUCCUCGGGGGUGGUGCUGGGGCCAGCAAGCAGUGGGGGGGCGGAGACUACGAGGAACUGUAGCCCCACGGACAGGUGCCCAGGGCAGAUGGCCCCGACUGCAGGAGGAAGCUGCCGUCACCGCUGCUUUCGCCCCACCUUUCUCUGCCGCCAUUGCCAGGCUGGCUGGGCCAA